CGGCGUGAACGGGCAGUGGCUCGGGUGGUCAUUGUCAUUGAGUAUCUUUUUGGCCUUCCUGUGACAUCGGGUGCUAUAGGCGUCGUGGAGGGCAGGUAGUUUAACCUGGUGAUGGGUCGUGCAGACCGCACCAGCCUUUGGAGAGCCCUGCGGUUGUGGGCGGUGCAGUUGCCGUACCAGGCAGUGAUACAGCCCAACAGGAUGGUCUCAAUUCUGCAUCUGUAAAAGGUGACAAUAUAUGUGACUGUCACUAUCACAUUGUGGCCUUUUUUAAAGCCGCAAUAUUGACUUCCUGCUUGUAUUGCUGUGUCAGUGUGAUAAAUAGAACAGCAAUGUGCUGAUUACAAGAGGCUUGUGUCUCUAUAUUUGACACACAAUGGUUGGUCGAGGUUGUGUCACUUUUUGGUUGAAUUUAUAACUUUGGUCUUGAAAACAGUUAAAUAGCUAUCACGCCAGUAAAAAACACAAGAAAGCAUAAUACUUGUUAAUUAUCUAAGUUCAAGGGGUACGCUGACAAAGCAAAAGAACAUUACUGCCCAUAGAGUUAAACUGAGAAAAUGGACUCCUCGCCGAACAUCCAGACAGUUAGCCCAAGGUCGUCGAGGCUCGGCCAUGUGGCGGGAAAGGUAUACUGUCUCUUUAUAUAACAAACGUUCGAAUUGCUCUCGUUUAAAGCCGCCCCGCCCUGAACCACGUUGUUUGUGAAUUGACAAUUCCACCACACCCUUUGUAUGACUAAUGGUACAUGACGGUUAACCACUGCAAAUGGUUGCAACACAAUCAAUAAAUUACACGUUUCCCUUAACAUUAGUUUAAACAGACACAACUGUGAUGACUAAUAAAUGUAUGGCGGAAAUUGAUCGCUGGUUGCUGAGGCCACAGACCUGGAGACCAAUCAUAAUAUUCGAAUGAUGGCUACUGCACUUCGCCCAUGUGUUCAAGCGCCAUACCUUGUUGUUCUCCCUGGUGAUUGGCUAUUGGGAAAUGAUAUGUCUUGCCGUGAACGGAUACAGAUAAAUCGUGGAUUAGGAAUGAUUGAUAGUGUUAUUAUUAACAAACUAUAUAUUCUAUGAAAUUCAAUGUUGAAACAACUUUUGGAGUCAACAUACUGAGUUGUUUAAAUUCAACUGAGGAACGACUUGCACAAUUUGUUUAAUUUUCAUGCUUCGUUUCUUUCAUAAGAAAUAGCAGCAGGUCAGUCCAUUCCAAGACUCCAUUUCUUGUUUUCUUUGUCAUUGCCGUGUAUGGGAGGGAAUACAUGUGUGGGCGGUCAUAAAUGGUAUGCUUUUGGCCCUGAUUUGUUACCUACUACUCUCAGCGCCAUCUUGUUGCAACUCCUCUACGUAUGUGGAAGAGUUUCUACGAGGGGUCUCCGAUUACCUUUUUCUUCAGUUUUGCUGAUUGAAAGACUGGAUCCUUACACUGAAAAAUAAAGUGCAUACCCUGUAACAUUUGCUAAACAUUUUUACUUGUAACGUUUUGUUUCCAAUACGGAGAAGAAAUGAGCAUCGAGACGCUUUUAGAAGCAGCAAAGUUUUUGGAAUUGCAAGCCCAGCAACAACAGAAAGCACGUGAGGAGAAUGAGCUGCGGGAGAAGCUUCGCCUCGAACAGCUAUCUGACCACAAACGCAAUGAUGUCACUACCUACUCCUCCCCCAUCCAGAUGAACCAUGUGACCCGAGCAGAAGAGUCCUGCCCCUACUCAGAGCGCUGCCCCGCCUUUGUCCCUCCCCCGCUGCCGCCCCCCUCCAUGACUGUCAUCCCUAUCCCCAUGAUGACCUCCAACCACACAGGUCUGCCCCCCACCGUCCCAACCCCCUCCUCCACCUCCCUGUCCCCCCAGGCUGGGGCAGCACCCCACCUGGCCUCCCCCAGGAGGGACCCUCACUCCCCAGGGCAGGGCCACCAGGGACAGGGUGUGCUUUUGGCUCUCUCUCCUCAGGUGAAGACAGACCCCUCCCACCACUUGGCUUUGGCCCAAUCUGGCAACCACAAGCAGAAUCAUCAUCACCACCAUCACCUUCCACAGAUUGUUUCCCCCCAAUCUGGAAACUAUAAACUGCUGCAGAAGCAACAACAGCAGUCUCCCCAGCUGGUGCAGCCCUACCCUGGCUCCAUCGUCUCAGCCCCCCAGCCAGGGCCCCCCCAGACUCCGUGUGGAGGCCAGACCAGCCCUGUUGGGGGGCGAGGCAGCCCCCCUGACCUGGACGGGAAGAAGAGGCCUGGAGGGGCAGGGACAAGAGAAGUACAUAACAAGCUUGAGAAAAACAGACGUGCUCACCUGAAGGAGUGCUUUGACACCCUGAAGAGAAACAUCCCCAAUGCAGACGAGAAGAAGACCUCUAACCUCAGUGUCCUGAGGAGCGCCCUCCGAUAUAUACAGACGUUAAAGCGCAAGGAGAAGGAGUAUGAGCAUGAGAUGGAGAGACUGGCGCGGGAGAAGAUCGCUACUCAGCAGCGAUUGGCUGAGCUGAAGAACGAGCUGAGCCAAUGGAUGAACGUCAUGGAGAUCGACCGUGUUCUCAGACAGACAUUUCAGCCAGACGACGACCAGGCUUCUACCUCUACUGCCUCAGAGGGUGAAGACAUCAUGGAUGAGGAGAAUGUUCCGACAGCCUUACCCACCAUGCCUCAACAAGCCAUACAGCCUGAGUUGUGCAAGACUGUGACUCCCAUAACCCCCACCACCUCCAACCUCACCCAACACAUCUCCAGCCAACACAAGGCCCAAAUGUACCCCCAGCUUCACCCACACCUGCUGUCAGCCCUGCCUGUCUCAGCUACGUUCUCCACCCCAACAUCCAGCAUCAUCACCACCACCCCUAUCCAGGCCCUCCUAUCGGCCCACACACACAUCGUAACCUCCCCUAGCACCCUCUUCCCGGCCCACACACACAUGGUGACCACCCCCGCUCACACACACAUGGUAAAGGCCCCCAGCCUGCAGCCCACGGUCAUCGCCCAUGGCUCGGCUUCCCACGCCUCCGUCAUCCAGGCCGUCAACCACGUCAUCCAGGCCCAGACUUCAUCUGGAGGAGCCAAGCACCUCACCCACCUAGCCCCCUCCUCCUCAGCCCCUAUGCAGCUGGCCCCAGGGCACCACCACCACCAGCCCAUCGGACACAUCACCGUCCACCCUGUUACCCACCUGGGCCAGCACCAUUUACCCACCAUCUACCCCCAACCCGUGGCUAUCACCCAUACCCUCAAUGGUACUGCCCCCAACCAGGGUACAACCACCAUCAUGGGAAAGCAGAUGGGAGUUGGUGCCCAGGUGGUGGCACAUCACCCACAGCUGCUGAACCCUGUAACUAUGGUGACCAUGCCCUCAUUCCCCGUCAGCACUUUGAAGCUAGCCUGAUUUCUGAACCAGGCCAGAGCCACCCUGAAGCUAGCCUGAGAACCAAGUACAUGAACAGGCCACACCCACCCUGAGGUGGCCAGAGUCAGGCUGAAGUCGGAGACAGACCUGGACACCAUCUGCCCUAGAGCAGACCAGCCGGACAGGAGCCAGCCCCAGAGCGAGGCAGGCACCAGGACUACUGUACUGACAAACAAACGUAAAAGUCUUCAUACUGAACGCAAGACGCCGUUCUCAUAUUCACUGAUGAAUCACAAACUGCAUUAUUAACUAACCGGAGGCAGUACAGCUGUCUAUAAGGAGUAACUCAGAACAUUCCAAAAAGAAACUAUAAAAAACAUAAAGAUCUUUAUAAUGGUUGAGGUAAAAGAGACUGUUGGGCUGAGUACGACUGCCUAGAGGAUCAUCUUGAUGCUGUGUGAUUUUUCUACAGGAUGCAGUGGAGAGAAUCACAUAUAUACAUUUUGUCUGGCCCUCUGUGUUCAUACCUGCAGAACAGCAGCGUCAACCAAUGUUGAAGGCAGUCAGACCUGCAUAUUUUCACUCAAGAUCGGUUUUAUAUUUCUGCUACAUGUAUUCCACAGCCAAGAGUAUUUAAAAACCACACUACAAAUGACUGAGGGUGCCACUAUCAAGCACCAAGGUAUUUGAUUUUUACAGAAGUCCACCACUAAUGCCAGGGCAUACAUCUACAAAUCAUCUGAGUCUGAUCUAGGAUCUGUCCAUAUAAUCUUAUUAUGAUUUAAAAGGCUAAACUGAUUCUAGACAAGCACUCCUACUCUGAGGCGCUUUGUGGAUACGGGCCCUGAUGUGUCCGUUCAGAAGGCAAAGCAUCCAAUUUCAGAUGGGCUGAAUCGGGGUCAGGGAGACAGGCAGUGUGUGAUUGGUGGGUGUUGUUGGCGUGUCAGCUCUAACAACUAAGCACCAUAAAGGAGCACAUUGAGAAUAUGAUUGCAGGGACCUCCCCCUCUACCCAGGCACAUGGCUGUGGAGUGAAACCUAAAACAUGGCCUGGCCUCGCCAUACCAUGUGCUUCCCUACUGCAGUACUGUCAUAUGGCUGCAUGCUCCACAGACUCCCCCUGCUGGUAAAAACAAAAACUGCAUGUAAAACAGACAAUGGUCAUUGAGCAGACUAUUUUGUAAUAACAUGUAUUCAGUGGAUGUGGCCCAAGCAGGAAUCCAACCCAAAUGUCAGCAUUCCCACCAUGCACAUAUGAAUCACGUGACGUAAAACUGACAAUACUCAGUGACUACACAUUGACUCAUUAGUUUACUAAUAGCAGAGCAGGAACCAGCAUAGCAGGCACAAGCACUGCAAAUUGUUCCAGGAGUAUAUAUAUCUGUAUGUGUAAUAUAGUGAGGAAUGUCUUGUUUGAUUGUGUUGCAGCAGUGAACUUGUUAAAACAAAGGCCUUUGGCAGUGUCAUGGUAGAGCAUUUAAGUGAAUGAGGCAGUUUGGGGUUAAACGACAUGGUAGGGCAGUCAUCUACGAAGCGCUGACAUCUUAUCCUCUUUCUCCACCAACCAUAUCUGGUAUCCCUGGUCAUCAGGCUGCCUGGUCAUCAUUUAUCUAGAUUCUCAUGUUUGCCUUCCACUACACUUAUGACGACCAGUGUAGCUGAGAUUAAACUUAACUUCUAGCACUUUGAUCUGCUACUUAACCACAAUUAAACUGGUUUACAAAUUUA